UUGCGUAGUCUGGCAACGCCGCCAACAUGUUUUCCUCAGUAAUACGUAAGAUUCUGAAAAAUUCACAAAAUGCGGCCAAAUAUACGGCAAUUACACCACACUUACGGAAUCUACGAGGACAACGAACCAACCAAAACGAGGUAGAUGUGUUUAGACCACCGGAUAUACCCACCAAACAGAAUGACAAGGAAACUGAGCCGGUAUCCCAAAAAACUUCUACAGCAGAAGUGGCUCUGGAUUUCGGCAAACGGGAGGCCCAUGUGCCCUCCUUUAAUUUGGCAGCCUAUGUGAAUAACUCCAACACCCUGCAGCAGUUCAUAAGCUUGGGAGUUGAUCUGCAUAGUAUAGAAAAGAGGAAGGGAUUGGGGGAGUUCGUACUCAAGCUGGAUUUCGAGAAGAAUGUAAAACCCCAUAUAACUUUCCUAGUGGAUCAAGGAAUUUCACCCGAUGACUUUGGAAGGAUGUUCACCAAGAACCCUCUGCUGUUUAAGGAAGAUCUUGAGGAUCUGCAGACCCGUGUGGAGUACCUGAAAAGCAAAAGAUUCUCCGAUGAAGCCCGGCAAAGGAUUUUCACGCACAAUCCUUAUUGGCUGAUGUUCUCCACAAGGCGAGUAGAUCGUCGAUUGGGUUACUUCCAAAAGGAAUUCCGAUUGAGUGGCCAUGAUCUUCGCCUGCUGGCCACCAGGGAACCUAAUGUUAUUACCUACAACAUGGAGCAUCUGCGGAAGUCUGUUUUCACCCUCAAGGAGGAAAUGGGAUUUAAUGCGAAGGAGCUAAGUGCUUUGGUGGUUCGCAAACCCCGAUUAAUGAUGAUUUCUCCCGAUGAUCUUGUCGAGCGGUUCAGCUACAUUCACCAGGAUAUGGGCCUUUCUCAUGCCCAGAUUGUCCAGUGCCCGGAGCUGCUGGCAUCGCGGGAAUUUCGUUUACGGGAACGCCAUGAGUUUCUCAAGUUACUGGGUCGAGCUCAGUACGAUCCUCAGAAAGAUCUGUAUAUUUCACCCAAGACAAUUGUUGAAGGAAAUAACUUUUAUUUCGUGCGAAAUGUGGCUAAAAGUGAUUUGGAAACGUUCGACCUCUUUUUAAAAACGAGAUAAAAAUAAAAUAGGUUUUGAAUAUUU